ACCAUGCUGGUGACAGCAAAGUAGAAACAGAGGUUCCAACGUCACCAGUGUCUUCACUGGAAAUGUGUCUGCCUAUGGAUUUCACGAUUUAUUGCAGGCCAACUGCGAAAACAUGAAAACUGAGAGGGCGGACUUGAAUUUUUCUUACAGCUCUACAUUUGUAUGGCUCACAGGGACAGCGGACUACAUGUUUUGGAUAAGAGGAGCACAAAGAGUUUGAUACCUUUGCAGUCCCACAAAGAUGGCCAGCAUGUCAUCCAACUCCACGGCCGAUGUUGUGUGUGCACCGGACGACAACCUCUGUAUUGUAAGAGAGCAUCUGCAGGCAGUGAUUAUCGUCCCUACGCUGCUCCUCCUGGCAACUCUGGUCACCUUACUGGCCCUGCUCAUAAUGAGGUACCGUCCUCAACGGAAACGGUCACGGAUUGCAUCCCUUCAACAUCCCUACCACAGCUCAUCGCACAGACAUACACAAAGACACGGCCACAGACAUCACCUACAGGGUAUUGAUGCACCUGCAGGUAUAAACCCAUUAGAACAUGAAGAGGUGCCAAUGUCAGUUCAACAAGUGCAGCAGAAUGUCAGGCCGACUCUUGCUGCAGUACCACAGAUGUCCACAGGGAGGCAUCAUGGUUCCUUUAGCCAGAUCACUGCCCUGCCGCUGACCUUCUCCAUUAAGCCCAAUGACACAGUCAGCCUCUACAGAGCGCGCAUGGACAACAGGAAUGUCAUCCUGAGGAUGCUGAAGGAAACGGCAAACAACAGUGAGAAGCAGCACUUUUUGGGUUUUGCCUCUUUCGUGUCGGGGCUGGGGCCGCACCCCUUCCUACCUGAGCUGCUCGGUGUGGUUUCAGUCCAGCCGCCCCUCAUGAUGGUUGUGGAGGAACUGCAGCACAGAGACCUGCUGGGGUACCUGUGGAGAUGUCGACAGGAUAAUGCAGGUUCAGAGUCUCCGUGUCAAAUGACAGAGAAGAGGAUCUUCACCAUGGCAGGACAAGUGGCCUCUGCUCUGGAGUACCUACACAGUCAGCAGUGCAUCCAUGGCAACGUAGGAGCUCGCAGCGUUCUGGUUGGUGGAGAUCUGACAGCGAAGCUGUGGGGAUUAGGCUCGGCCUACCGCAGGAGAACACAGGCCCAUUCACCAGGGGAAGUAGAGGACAUGGAGAUGAGGAAGUGGCAGGCACCUGAAGUGUUAAGCAGACGACCCAGUGGUCGAAGCUGUGAUGUAUGGUCCUUUGGUAUCCUGCUCUAUGAAAUGGUCACAUUAGGUGACCCACCGUUUGCCCACAUCAUGGCGACUGAGCUUCUGCAGUAUCUUCAAAGAGGAAAGCAUCUCAAACGGCCAGCCACCUGCUCCAACUCACUGUACUCCAUCAUCAGAGGCUGCUGCCACUGGCGCUCUGACCAACGGUUCUCCAUGUCGGAACUCAUUAGAACUCUGCAGAACGGAGAGAAAUCAGCCAAUGGGAGGACAGUUCUCCGAGUGCCUGAACCACUGGACUUCGAGAAGUACCUGAGGGAGGCGGGAUAUGGAGAGGCUUACAACUAUGCUGUGCUCUGAUUGGCUGGGACCAACAUCAGUCAGGACUACAUUGGUGCUGUUGUCCUACUGGAGGACUGCUGCAAGAAUGAAGAAUGAAUGAAAGAAAAAAACUUUUAGCAGAAAAAUGCACAUUGCUUAUAUUUGUUUGAACUGUUGGAACAGUUAAACCUUUAUUUUUGAAAAGUAAUAUAUGAAUUGCAAAUAUUUCUUUUUCUGUAGACUAGCUAUCGUCCUCUUAAAGCCUAAUAUGAUGAAAGAGAACUGUAAAUUUCCUGCACUUUUUAACUGUAACAUAUAUAUUUAUAUGUACAAACAGCUUCUCCGAAGCAACAGCAGGGGAUGCACUUUAUAACAAUGUGAAUGUACUAAAAUACUGCACUAUAAAACUAGGAUUGCUUUUCUUUCCAUGUCUUCUAUGUGGACCAUCAAAGGAUGACAAUGCAGACUUUUCGUUCAGGGCAUGGAAACCUUAAAGGCAGCUUUUUGCAUCACACACAGAAUUAGCAUGAUACUCAACCAUGUAUUCAUAUUCAUACUAACUACCUAAGCAGGGUUAUACGUCAUUCUCAAAUGUCUUAGCCAAAGAUAUAAAUAAACUGUUAAUUGAAAACAGAGUUUGACAAGACAGAAAAACUGA